UCGCGCCAUGCGCGGCCGCGCUCCGAGUCGGCCGCCGAGCAGGCACGGCAGCUGGCGCGCUCGGGCAGCGCAGAUGAGAGCGUCGCGGCCUUCCUCACGCGCCGCAUGGGGCGCGCGGGCACGCAGCUCGUCGACGACCUCGUCUCGGCCGUGCUGCACGGCAUCUACGCCGGCAGUGCGCGCGAGCUCAGCGUGCGCGCCGUAAUGCCGGCGCUGUGGGACAUGGAGGCACGCAGUGGCGGCCUGCUGCGCAGCGUGCUGCCAAGGCGCCUCAACGCGCGUGCGCGCGCCGAGACGCCGGCGGAGCGCCUGGCGCGCGAGGAGGCGGAGCGCGAGCUGGCCGAGCUGGAGACGAGUGUGGGGCCGCACGUGGUGCGGCAGAUGAAGAGCAUCAGCGUGUAUAGCUUGCCCGAGGGCAUCGAGACGAUCACGCGCGCCAUGGAGAAGGAAGUGCGAGCCUUGCCCAACGUAGAGGUGUGCCUCGACGCCGGCGUGCAGCGGGCGAGUGUGCGCGACGACGGCAUGGUGCAGCUAGAGACACGCUCAGGCACGCACGUCGUCUCUCGAGUCAUCAGCGGCAUGCCCGGCUCCGCCUUGGACGCCGCGCUGCGCGCCGCCGGCGACGAGGCGGCGGCGCUGCCGCACCUGGCGCACAAUGCCUCUGCCGACGUCGGCGUCGUCAACGUGGCGCUGCCCGCUGGCCUCGUGGCGCAGCACGUGCGCAGCGGCGCGCGCGUGCUGCCCGUGCAGGGCUUUGGCUAUCUGCUCCCCAGCGGCACGCCCAACGCCGCCGGCGUGCUCGGCGUCGUCUUUGACUCGGACUCGCUGCCCACGCAGGAUGCCGCCGCGCCCACCGCAGAAGCAGCGGCGGCGGCACCGACGAAGCUCACCGUCAUGCUUGGCGGGCCGCACUGGAAGGGGCGCACGCCGCUGCCGGACGCGCCGCAGCUGCGCCGCCUCGCGCUCGACGCGCUGCAUGCGCAUCUGGGCCUGCCUCGCGCGCUCCUCGACGACCCCGCGACGCUCGUCGUGGCGCGCCUGCAGCGCGCCUGCAUCCCGCACUACGCCGUCGGCCAUCUGGGGCGCAUGCGGGAGCUGCACGCGGCGCUGAGCAGCGCGAGCUCGCCGUGGCGAGGCAGGCUGGCCCUCGUGGGCGCCAGCUGGACGGGCGUGAGUCUCAACGACUGCGUGCUGGGCGCGCGCCGCACGGCUCGGCGCAUCAUCGACGAGGAGCAGCAGCGCGAGGCCGGCGCGGCUCACUGGCACGCCACCACGACGGGCCUCGAGCGCUUUGCGCCGAGCCACGAGGCGCACGAGCGCGCCGCCGUCGGGCAGCACGAGGGCGCGCUGGGCGGCGGCAUUCUCGGCAACGCUGCGUAGUGUCAAGGGACAAGCUGCGAUGGCAAUUGCGGCAUGUAGUAGCGUGACAGAGAGAGAGAGGGGGGGGGGGCACGCCGCAGAGAAG